GCCUGCCACAGCAGGCAGGAAGGGCAGACCAUGCGAGUGCUAGUGGUCCUGGUAGCGGCCACGGCCGUAGGGCCGCUGGUCCGUGCGCGACCGGAGGCUGGCUACUCGUACAACUCGCCACAACAGGCGCCCUCCUCCAGCUACGGGGCACCGGGAGGUGGCGGCGGGGGCGGCGGAUACUCUGGGGGCGGAGGAGGAGGAUUUGGGGGUGGCGGAAGCGGUGGCUUCGGCGGGGGCGGCGGUGGCCGAGGAGGAGGCGGCGGAGGUUUCGGGGGCGGCGGCAGUGGCGGCGGCGGCUUGUCUCGCGGUGGUAAAUAUUUCCUUGGGGGCGGCGGCGGCGGCUUCGGAGGAGGCGGCGGUGGAGCCGGAGGCGGCGGCGGUUACAGCGGGGGCGGAGGCGGAGGCGGGGUAAGUGAAAACACCCUGGUUCAGAAGCACAUUUACGUGCACGUGGCCCCCGAAGAGCCUCAGGAGACCCGCCAGCAGCGGACGCAGGCACCGCAGCAGCCUCGCAAGCACUACAAGAUCGUCUUCAUCAAGGCGCCGACGGCGCCCGCCCCCACGGCCGCCCAGAUCCAGCUGCCACAGCAGGACGAGGAGAAGACUCUCAUCUACGUGCUGUCCAAGAAGCAGGAGGACGCGCCCGAGGUCAGCAUCCCCACGGCCGCUCCCACGCAGCCCUCCAAGCCCGAGGUCUACUUCAUCCGCUACAAGACGCAGCGUGACUCGAGCGGCGGUGGCGGCGGAGGUGGAGGCGGCGGCGGCGGCUACAGUGGCGGCGGCGGGGGCGGCGCUGGUCCGUCUGGAGGCUUCGGCGGCGGCUCUGGCGGUGGCGGAUACAGCGGCGGCGGCGGCGGCUCGUCUGGCGGUGGCGGCUACAGCGGCGGUGGCGGCUCGUCCGGCGGGGGCGGCUACAGUGGCGGCGGCGGCUCUUCCGGCGGCGGCUACAGCGGCGGCGCUCCUUCUUCAAGCUACGGCACACCAAGCUCCGGGGGCGGCGGAGGCGGCGGGCCGCCCUCGUCCAGCUACGGCACCCCAAGCUCCGGAGGCGGCGGCGGCGGUGGCGGGCCGCCCUCGUCCAGCUACGGCACUCCGAACUCCGGAGGCGGCGGCGGCGGGCCACCAUCGUCCAGCUACGGCGCCCCCAGCUCCGGGGGCGGCGGUGGCAACGGCGGCUACCAGUAGUCCCGGUACCGCCCCACAUCAUUUGCUCACCCGCCACAUCGCCAUGCCCGCAACCCGACCCCCGAGCACAACCAGCUCAUCAGACUGGACCUCGCACCCCGUGCCAUUGUUAUUGCCGUCGUUUUGACCGUACCUGGACGGCUGGGCACCGAUGUGGUGGGCCCCGCUCAUCUCUUCCUCUACUUUUAAUCUUACUGCAAAGAAAAAAACGGUGGCAAUACAUGUAUUUUUUAUUUA